UAAACGCAACAAGCUGUGAUGACUAUAUUAUACAACCAACUUUUGGCAGUGACAUUGAUUUUCCCUUUAUUGGAAGCUUCUCUCCAAAAUUUGACAUAAGGUUGACUAAGUACAAUGAUUCAGGACCAUUUUUUAUUUAUCUUCUUUUGUUUGUAAAUACCACGGGUUUAUUAUUCAAUGAUACCGCUCAAGACUCAACAUUUAGAAUGGUCGCAUUUGACGCAGAAAAGAAUUUAUUUAAUAGUAACUCAACAUCUCUGUUUGAAGAUUCUCUUUUCUAUAAAAAUAAAUAUUUACUGGCAAAAAAUUCUCAAAAUAUAUUCCUAUAUAAUAGAAGAAUCAGAAAAGAGAUAGAUAAACGUCAACAAUAUUUAUCCAUUAUUGGUUUUCUACCAAAAUAUGAUGAGACAUUAAAUUAUAUUGAAUCAAAUAUAGAAACUUUACCAAUGAUUCAAAACUCAUCUGAUCAACUAUACACAGUCGUAAGGAUUAAUCCACGAGAUUUCACUAUGAUUGAGGAACGAGAACAAAGGCAAAAUACAAUUAUGGGUGCACUAGGAACCGUUCUUGCUUUUUACGGUUGUUUUGUAUUUAUUUAUGUAUCUUUAUUUGGAGUUGAUUCAAUACGACCAUGGGGUAUUGUGCAUAAUUUUUGUGGGAUCAGAGAAAAAACUCAAGAAAAACUUAUAAAAAAUAUGCAAUUAAAAAAUACAGAUGAUUUGGAAAGUCUCAUACAAAGAGUUAAUGACAUGGAAAAUUUUUAUCAUUAUCUUAGACUUAAUGUUAUUGACUCUUCAUUAUUUGUAUCUAUUCAACAAAAACAAGAGUAG